UUAUACGUCACUGGGUGGGUCAAAUGAAAAUACUCGAAUUUUUACUUUAGACUAUUUUACUAGUCCCAAUUAUCAUAUAUAAACUAAAUACAUUCACUCCCCUGUCUAGCUGUUCUGCAGUCGCAUAAGCUGCACUUUGACGUGGAUUGACAUCUGACAGAUGUCUAACGAGCGCUACGAGUAUACUACUAAAGUAUUUUUAUGUGCGAAUUUCUAACCUUACGCGUCUUGCUUCUUUUAUUGUUACAAUCAGAAUAUGCGCGUGGAGGAACUUAUUAUUGAGGGUUUUAAGAGUUUCGUAAAUCGUACUGUUAUAAGUGGAUGGGAUACUUCCUUCAACGCGAUAACAGGAUUGAAUGGAUCUGGAAAGUCAAAUAUCUUAGAUGCAAUAUGUUUCGUCCUUGGUUUGACGAACCUGCAAGCCGUCAGAGCAAAUAACCUUCAGGAUCUGAUUUACAAGCGUGGACAAGCUGGUAUAACUAAAGCCAGUGUUACGAUAGUAUUUGAUAAUUCAGACAAAACUAAGAGUCCAGUUGGAUAUGAAGCUGCAUCCUCUAUCAGUGUUACGCGACAGAUCGCUAUGGGCGGUAUAUCUAAAUACCUUAUAAACGGACACAAAUCACACUUAAACUCUGUCCAUUCUCUCUUUCAAUCUGUGCAACUAAACAUAAACAAUCCAAAUUUCGUGAUCAUGCAAGGUAAAAUCACGAAAGUACUCAAUAUGAAACCAGAGGAAAUCUUAUCGAUGGUUGAAGAAGCUGCCGGUACGCGUAUGUAUGAGGAUAGGAAGGAAAAAGCAUAUAAGACUAUGGAAAAGAAGCAAAGGAAGGUCGCUGAGAUCGAGUCACAACUCAAAGAAGAAAUCAUUCCGCGUUUAGACAAACUUCGUUCGGAGAAGUCUGCUUAUUUGUCAUACCAGAAAGCUUCAGCAGAACUCGAACGUCUGGACAGGUUGGUUGUUGCUCACGAUUGGUGCUACCAUACAAAGUCGGUUGCUUAUGCUGACUCUGAAGUUACUAGAAUUAAAGAGUCGAAUGAGCAGCUGAAGAGAGACAUCAGCCAGUGGAAGGAUGACAAAGUUGGGUAUGAGGAGAAAAUUAAAGAUAUCAAAGAAGCCCAACAGAAGGAGUUGGCAAAGGAUGGUAAACUAGCAGAAUUGGAUAAGUUGGUCAAGCAGUUGUCGACUGAAUUGGUCAAAUCACGCGCUCAAGCGGAUAUCAAGAGGGAAAACAUCAUCGAAGAGAAAAAGAACAUGGAAAGCAUCGAAAAAUCUGUUGAGUCGUCCGAAAAGGCUUACAAAGAUAAGGAAAAGUCGACCAAAUCGAUCACGGACAAGUUUAAUGUUGUCGACGAAUCGUACCAAAACUCAGUUGAUGCUCUAGCAAAAGCUGAGGAACUCUUACAGACUCUCCAAACCGGUUUGGCAUCUUCCUCAAAAGAUGAUACAGGUGCUGGUGGUUUCUUAGGUCAAAUGCAAGAGGCCAAGGCUAGGGCAACACAAGGAGCAACUGAAUACCAGCAAUCGCAAGUCAAGAAGGAUCACUUGAAUAAGGAAAUCAAAGACAAAGAGAGAAGAGUAAAAGAUACAACAUCCGACUCGCAAGACCUUACUAAACAGAUUAAUAAAGUCAAGACUGCACUUGAAAAGAUCGUGAAGGAGCUCGAAAGCCUCAAUUGGGAUGAUGAGAAGAUGGAGUCUCUCCAAAAUCAAGAAAGAGAGCAAACCAAGAAAGUAUCUACACUUUCUGAACAAUGUGAGCGUUUAAAAGCUUCGAUGUCAGCUUUGGAUUUCUCCUACACAAAUCCAUAUCCAAACUUCGAUAGAUCAAAAGUACAUGGUUUGGUUGCCAAUCUGAUUGAUUUACACGCUGACAACGGGCAAUUUGCAACCGCACUGGAAGUAUGUGCAGGUGGCAGAUUAUAUAAUGUCGUUGUUGAAGACGAAAAAGUGUCCACAGCUUUGCUCGAAAAGGGUCAGCUCCGCAAACGUGUCACUAUUAUCCCUCUCAAUAAGAUUAAACCUACUACAAUGUCAGUUGAAAAGCUGUCCACCGCCGAGAAGCUUGCUCCCGGAAAGGUUCGUUCAGCAAUUUCACUUGUUGGCUCAGAAGAUGAAGUUGCAACGGCGAUGUCAUACGUAUUCGGCGAAGCACUCGUCUGUGAUGACGCAGAGACAGCUCAAAAGGUUACAUUCCAUCCUAACGUCAAGUCCAGAAGUGUGACAUUGAAGGGUGAUGUCUAUGAUCCAUCAGGAGUGCUUAGUGGUGGUAGUGCGCCAUCAGGCUCUGGUAUUCUUGUUAGAGCCCAAACUCUGAGAGAUGCAAAUAUAAAGCUCAAAGACGCUCAAAAUGUAUUGAAAGGUAUUAGAGAAGAGAUAAGCGCGCUUGCAGAUCAACAAUCACGUUAUUCAAAACUCAAACGCGAACAUGACCUCAAGCAGCACGAGUUGGAACUUUUAGAGGAGCAACUCAAUGGUAGUAGCUCUACGAGACUCCAGAAUGAUCUCGAGGAACUCAAGAAAACACUAAUAGAGGUGGACGCAACCGCCAAAAAAGCUAAAGAGAAGGAAUCGCAGGCUCGCAAAGACUGUGACAGGCUUGAGAGAGAGAUGGAAGAAUUCAAGAAUGACAGAGGCGGUAAACUUGAAGAGCUGAAGGCAGACGUAGCUAAGCGCCGUAAAUCAGUUCAAAAGCAAUCCACAUCUAUCAAAGCUCAGCAGAAGGAAGUUCAGACAGCACAACUUGAGCUCGAGCAGCUCGAAGACGAUAUGAAUGGUUGUCUGGAAGAGCAUAAAGAAGCGGUUGAAGGCUUGCGCGCCGCAGAAGCCGAAUUAGAGGAGUUCCAUGCGGAUAUUAGCAAGAAGCAGAAGCAUCUUGAUCAAACGGAAGCGAAACUCGACAAGGAGAGAAACCAACUGGAUACCUACAAAGACGAAUUGAAUGCAUUGGAAAUUUCUCUUUCUACCGUCAAAUCUAAUAUUCAAUCAGGUACACAUUCACUCAAAUCAGUCGACAAGGAAGUGUCAAAUGCUAAGGAGACGGCUAAAAAACAUGCAGUAUCACUUAAGACGUUAGAAAAGACCUACGAUUGGAUCUCUGAUGAGCAAGAUGACUUCGGUAGGGAAGGCUCUGUGUACGAUUUCAACAAAAUCAAUAUACAACAAGCAUCCAAACAACGCAACGACUUGUCAGAAACGCAAAAAUCUCAAAAGAAUAAAAUCAAUGGAAAGGUUAUGACAAUGAUUGAUACUGUUGAGAAAAGAGAGCAAGCGUUGAAAACUAUGAUGGAUACCAUUCUCGGCGAUAAAGAGAAGAUUGAGGAUACGAUACAUGAAUUAGAUCAUUAUAAGAAGGAAGCCUUACAAUCUACAUGGAAGAUCGUCAAUAAAGAUUUCGGUGAAAUUUUCGGAGAGCUCCUCCCAGGCAACUUUGCGAAAUUGCAGCCGCCAGAAGGUAAAGAGCUGACGCAGGGUCUAGAAGUCAAGGUCCGCUUAGGUCAAAUAUGGAAACAAUCUUUGACGGAGUUAUCCGGUGGACAAAGAUCUCUCAUUGCACUCUCGUUGAUUAUGAGUUUGCUACAGUUCCGUCCUGCCCCGAUGUACAUUCUAGAUGAGAUCGAUGCAGCACUCGAUCUGUCACAUACUCAGCAUAUUGGUCAUCUCUUCAGAAAUAGAUUUAGAGGUUCACAAUUCAUUGUUGUAUCUCUUAAGGAAGGACUCUUCUCCAACGCCAAUGUUAUAUUUAGAGCCAGGUUUAGGGACGGUACAUCAUUGAUCGAGCGAACUGAGACGAGAAUGACUGGCAAUGGUCCGAGAAAGAGUCUAGCUGUAUCAGCCAACGCUACAACUGGUAAACGUACUCGAGCUGCCAGAGCUUGAACAAACAACUUGGCUAAUAUAUGAUUCUUAUUAUACUUUACUCCGUUCAUGUAUUCAUGUAUUCAUAACG